CGAUUUGUUUGGCGUAAUAAGAAGGAUAUUUUUUCAUGAUAGGAAAGUAGCUCCGAAAUCCGGAGUGUCAAAGUCACAGCGAAGUUGAGUAUGGCGUGCCGUGAAAGAUGGGAAUAGUGUCUUAUCUCCUGUCUUUCACUGUCGACAGGCUGUUGCGGAUUUCUGGGUUUUCUGAAAACAAGAAUGUACUGAGUGCUAGGAAGAUGGACGAAAAGGCAUUAGAGGUUUAUGGUAAACACGUGAUCCGCACUAUCCGCGACCCGGAAAAGCCCAACACCCUGGAGGAGCUGGACGUGGUGUCCGAGAAGUGCGUCCAGGUGCAGGAGCUGGGGGAAGACGAGUACCUCAUUGUGAUCCGCUUCUCCCCCACGGUGCCACACUGCUCCCUGGCCACCCUCAUCGGUCUUUGUUUGCAAGUCAAACUGCAGAGGUGUUUGCCAUUCAAACACAAGUUGGAAAUUUACAUCUCGGAAGGGACCCAUUCCACAGAGGAAGACAUUAACAAGCAGAUCAACGACAAGGAGCGGGUGGCUGCUGCGAUGGAGAACCCCACCCUGUGUGAGAUGGUGGAGCAAUGCAUCAUGGAGCCCGAUGACUGAACAGCACCUGGCAGCUGUGGGUGUGGGGGGGCCACCUCCUUCAUCAGGGACUCUCUGGUCAAAAACCCAUGAGCCAAGGACCACUUGGGAGGGUGUGGGGGCAUUAUUUGGGCCACAAAUCCCAAAAAUUAAAAUCUGGAGUAGCCUAGUGAGGUGUGGAUGUAGUAAUCCCUAAAUAGUACCCUGAUACUGCUGUUAGCUACACUGCAGAGGGUCACAGGGUCAGUCUGUGGCCUCAGAGGGUGCAGGGAAUGGACUUCAACAACUUUUCAGAUACAUAAACCCAGCAGGGACACACCCACAUGUAAGAAAGGUAACAGCAUUAUUAUUACUGUAACUGUUAUUGUUGGCAAUAAUCAAAAUAAUAAUUAUAUUAGAAUAGAACAAAUGGCAGGCCAGGAGGAGGGUCUUUCUGGGAAAACGUGAACCUCCAACACAUAGAACCUGCCCUGGUUCUGUGGAUAAGUAAGGAAGGAACGUGCCGUCCUGUUAUGACUUACCGCUGUGAUAUUUACCUACGUUUUUAAACAGUUACAUUGAGCAGGCAGUGAUUUUUCAUCACCCUGCAUGAUGGAAACAUUGUUUCCAUGAAUCUCCAGUCCAGUCAAAGUAAUUUUUUUUCAAUGUGGGGUGGGGAGUUUUAUAGAAUUGAAUACACAGUAAAUAAUUUGAUGUACAGUG